AUGGGACCAAGAAUCAAGAAAAUGUUUACGGACAAGGAAUCGAUUCUUCGCUUGAAGCCGCGACAAAUAGAGAAGAUCAGCAUUUGCUUGAACCAACUUGCAAGCACAUCACCUUUGAUCUUCGAAGGCAAUUUCAUGGAUGUCUUCAGCAAGGGAGGGACAGCUCGAGGAGUAGAUUGGUUGGUGUUCCUGAAGUACUUUGUGCCCACAGUUCUUAUCGACUACGUUGAUUUAUGCCAUUUGGAUCCUACUGUCUCUGAAGCUGCCAAGGAAGCCCUACGUACAAUAUCUCUGAUUUGCUCAGUAUGCUUGCAGCAGGAUAUAUCUGAGAGCGAGAUACAAAAAUUGGAGGAACUAGUCACCAAGUGGCACCAAUUUCUUCGUCUUCACAUCUCAGCAAAAUUCUUUCCAAUCAGCAAACAUUAUUUGGAGCAUAUCACGAUGGUGAUUCGAAAGAUAGGCCCCAUGCCUCAGUACAGUUGCCGUGUUUUGGAGAGAAGGAUCCAAAUGAUCAAGAAGAGAAUCCAUGGCUGUAGUCAAGUCGCAAAACAAGCGGAAAAUAUCAUGCUGGAUAUUGCAUGUAACAGCAAUGAAAAAAGAAGGACAAUUGCAUUUGACAAUUCGACGGAUACUGCCAUCACCUUCUCAAAAUCAUUGAAUAUGGGCGACAUCAAGCUGUCACCGUCUAUUGCUUCUAUAUUGUGCAAAUAUUACAACACUGCUCGUGUCAAUCCGCAGAUCAAGUGCGCUCCUUCACUACGACUUGGCAACAACAUCACGAUCGACUCUACUUUCAAUCCAUCAAGUAGAAAGAAGAAGCUGUCAGACCAUGCCCUGGUCAAUUGUGCUCGCCGCAGUUCGCUACCAUUGCUAGUAAAGGUGUUGCUCAUCUUUGAGCACAACUUCUCUGGUGCAACACAUGCUCUAGCCGUUUGCCAAGUCUGUCAGAACGUAACGGUAUCAACGUCCGGCAUCCCUGAAUGUUUCCUUGACAAUGCCAACUCGGAUACUUCCAAUGGUGCAUGA